UACCUGAAUUUUAUAUUUUUUAUGGGAAGAAGUUAUGAUCUAUUAUUAUAGAGUUUUGCUUGGAAGCCGUUCAAUUGCUAAAAACCAAGGGUUGAGAUGACUGAAUUCCAGACAUACAAUAAUUUUCUCCCUCCCCUCCUAAAAAACAGGAGAGUUGGUUAGACGUGAUUUGAUUUCCACACGCACAUCUCUCUAUCUCUCUCUCUGUCCCUCUUUUGCUGGGAAAUAGUCGUUGCGGUGGUGGUGUUCCGGUGGAUCAGUUGGUGGCGGCGGCGGUGGUGGUUGAUUAGACUGUUGUCUCUCUGUCUGUGUCUCUGUGUUGUGUUGUGUUGUGUUGUGUUGUGUUGUGUGAAAAUGGCAUACAGAAGAAGGCAGGGAGUGGCGAGGACUUCCACCUUCAAAGAGGAGAUUCAUUACCCUCCUCCACCAGAUGGGAACUCAUCUUCGUCUUCAUCUCUUGCCGCUCAGGCCAUCCGAGCCUCCGCCGCUCAUCGUGAUUCCUCCUCUCUCUCCUCCGCUUACGCCGACUCUGCUUUCAGACAAAAACCCGAGGAAUUUUCUACCUAUGAAUAUGAAUAUGCAUCGAUGAAAAGUUCAAACAAAACCAAAGGAUUUUGGGGUGUUCUAGCUCAGAAAGCUAAAGGAAUUCUCGACGAGGAAGAUAAUGUCUCCCAGCAAUUUGAAACACCUAGCAGGAUGAGGCCCCAGAUGCAUGAUAACUCUACAGGUGGACAGUUCUACCAGCCAUAUCAAUCACUUGAGAACUCUAGAAAAGUGGACAAUCCUAGAUUGCGGAAGGGCCUGGAUGCAUUCACAUCUUCCCUUAAUCACAUUGGUGACAGCAUUGGAAAUGCCUUGGAGGAAGGACGGACAAUUAUGGAGAAUAAGACUGUAGACAUUAUCCACGAAACCCGCAAACUGCAAAUUAGGAGAAAAGGAAGCAGUUCUGAGGAACAGAAUCAGGUCCCUGGAGUAUAUAAUCCAUGGCAACAACCUUCAGUGCAAUCCACACAACCGCAGAUGCAAACCAACCAAGAAACUCAGCUCAAGGCAUCUCGCGACGUGGCAAUGGCAACAGCUGCCAAAGCAAAACUCCUCCUCCGUGAGCUAAAAACCAUCAAAGCAGAUCUAGCUUUUGCAAAGGAACGAUGUUCUCAGCUGGAGGAAGAAAAUAAAAUCCUUAGAGAUGCUCAUGACAAGGGAGUCAACCCUGCAGAUGAUGAUAUGAUACGCCUUCAACUUGAGACCCUUUUGGCUGAGAAGGCUCGCUUGGCACAUGAGAACUCUGUAUUUGCUCGUGAGAACCGCUUCUUGAGGGAAAUUGUUGAAUACCACCAACUCACCAUGCAGGAUGUUGUGUAUUUAGACGAGGGCAUUGAGGAGGUUACUGAAGUUUAUCCCGUCUGUGCAGUCUCCAGGACACUCUCAGUUUCCCCACUCUCACCUUCGUCCCCACGCUCACCUCCUGAGAGUUCCUUAUCUAACAGCCCUCCAUCAAGGAAGGAAAUGAUUUUUGAUGAUGUUCCUCAGGCUGAGACACCACCAAGUUCCAGUAGUCUAAUUUCCACAGCACAGCAUUCAACAAGACACUCAAAUGCUUCUUCCUAGUGAAAUCUGUCUAGUAUCUCUUUUCAUUGAAGGUUUGUGUAAAAUUAGUCCAUUUUUUUAUUCAUUUCUUGGCCUUUUCCCUUUUCUUUUUUUUUUUUUUUUUGAAGGGGGGGGGGGGGGGGAAGGUGUUGGUGAAGUUGGAGACGAGAGUUGAGGAUUGGAAAUCUUUUUCUUUUUUUUCCAUUGCUAUAUUCAUUAUUUUUUUCCCUGUACGUAACUGUGUGAUCUAUUUGGCUCUGUUAUUAAAUAAUUACAGAAAAUUGAUUUCCCCCUUAAA